AUGGACGUUCAGGAUCCCAGCAGACAAACUUGGGGUCGGCAAAUCGAGUUCCUGUUUGUAGUCGUUGGGCAGGGAGUAGGUUUCGGCAACGUCUGGAGAUUUCCUUAUAUCUGCUACAAGAACGGUGGAGGUGUAUUCUUCAUCCCUUACGUUACCGCCAUAUUCCUACUCGGUAUACCAGGCGCGUUCUUGGAAGGGUCUUUGGGACAGUUUACGUCACGCGGAGUGAUUUCCUGUUUUAAAAUAGUUCCUCUCUUUCAAGGAGUAGGUCAUAUGAUAGCGAUGCUGGGGUAUUUAACCAUGUGUUACUACAGUGUAUUGUUUGCCUGGGUUCUAUAUUACCUCUUCGCCUCCAUGCAGUCUGAACUUCCGUGGUCUCAUUGUAAUAACACAUGGAACACACAGGCAUGUCGAGUGAUAACAGCUACAAAAGACAACCAGACAUGGGGGCCAUCAACAACAGUAGGACGGAAUAUUUCAGAGACCGGAAAUAGAACGUUUAUGGACCCGGCUACAGAAUUCUGGGAGAGGGGGGUACUAGCUCUAUCCUCUGGAGUGGAUCAUCCGGGCAACGUCAAAUGGGACCUGGCUCUUUGUCUUCUUCUGGCCUGGAUCCUUAUAUACUUUUGUAUCUGGAAAGGUGUCCGGUGGAUUGGAAAGAUCAGCUAUGUGACGGCCACGCUGCCAUACCUUCUGCUACUGACACUACUAGUGUAUGGGGUUACUCUUGAGGGAUCAGCGAACGGCAUCAAGUUCUACCUGUUACCAGACUGGAGUAAACUGGCCGAGCCAAAGAUAUGGCUUGAUGCCUGCAUACAGGUCUUUUUUUCCUACGCCAUUGGUAUAGCCAUACAUACCUCCCUAGGCAGCAACAAUGUCUUCCGAACAAACAUUCUAAAGCACUAUUUCUUGUUCGCCAUUAUUAACAGUGGAACUAGUUUUCUAUGCGGUUUUGUGAUUUUUUCCGUACUUGGGUUUAUGGCCAAAUCACAGGGGUUGUCCAUUGAUGAAGUAGCCGAGUCAGGUCCAGGGCUAGCCUUCAUCGUGUACCCUCAGGCAAUCUCCCAAAUGCCGGUACCUCAACUGUGGGCAGUGCUCUUCUUCCUUAUGCUUGCCUUCAUUGCUAUAGACAGUGAGGGCGGAGUGUAUGUGGAACAGAUCUUUGAGUGGUACUGUGGGGGUAAGCUGAUGUUCAUCGCCGUCUUCCUGGAGUGUGUCGUCAUAGCAUAUGGUUAUGCAUAUGGUUAUGGUAACUGCCUGGAGUGCGUUGCCUCAACAUAUGGUUAUGGUAAGUACCUGGAGUGUGUCAUCAUAUCAUAUGGUUAUGGUAAGUUCCUGGAAUCUGUUGUCAUAACAUAUGGUUAUGCAUAUGGUUAUGGUCAGUUCCUGGAAUGUGUCAUCAUAGCAUAUGGUUAUGGUCAGUUCCUGGAAUGUGUCGUCAUAGCAUAUGGUUAUGGUAAGUUCCUGGAGUGUGCUGUCAUAGCAUAUGGUUAUGGUAAGUACCUGGAGUGUGCCAUCAUAGCAUAUGGUCAUGGUAAGUUCCUGGAGUGUGUUGUCAUAGCAUAUGGUCAUGGUAAGUUCCUGCGAUGUGUUGUCAUAGCAUAUGGUUAUGGUGAGUUCCUGGAGGGUGUCGUCAUAGCAUAUGGUUAUGGUUCUUCCCGAUUUCAGAGAAACCUGGAGUAUAUGCUAGGGUACAGGAUCGGUCCGUUCUUCAAGUACGUCUGGCUCUUUGUAACCCCAGCAAUCUGUCUGAUACUGCUGGUAACGGACAUUGUUCUCUACCCUAUCCAAACUUACAAGAUGAAAUCUGGGAUAUACCGAUUCCCGCCCGGGACAAAAGCUAGGUUCCGUCAGCUCCUUCGACCAGAGUUCACGACGACACAACAACAACGUGAUCGGGGUGUUCAUGGGAAAGACCUGGGUGAACCUGAAUGUUUGGCCCUGAAUACCAAAUCUGAAAAUCAUUGA